GGCAACUGCCGGCCUAUUGGCGUGUAUGAGAUUUUUUAGUGAAUGUUUGUUCAUUCUCUGCUGCUGUAUUCUUAUUCUUACACCUUUUGCCACGAAUCUUUUGGCCAAAGAAUGCGCCGAUUUACACUGCCACACAGCCAUACUCUUCCAAAAUCACAAUCAGAUUAAAGGGGAAUUUGAUCUCCCUCUACCCUCCAAAUACGUAUCGACAAACUUUCAGAUAGUCAAUUCCAAAAGAUUCUUUCUUUUCACAAAUGUUCACUCGAAUACGACUUAAACCCAAAAGAUUACAGUCGAAGUGGUUAGUUUGGAUGUUUUUUUAUAUCGAUCUUUACGCCCUUUUAUGUUGGCCACUUUUCAUGCUUCUGCACUCCAAGUUCUGUAAAUUUUGUUUGAGUUCUGUUCAAUGGAGGCUUUGAAUUCUUCUUCUAGUGAAAUUCAAGCGAUUGGAAAUGGAAGUGAAACUGACUUGAAGGUUCCUGUGUUCUCAUCAUCUUUGGAGUUGCUCGAAAAACUUCACGAGAAAUGGAGUUUGGUCAACAAGAAACCGUAUCCAGCAAUGUAUUCCAGUGUUUUUGGUGGGAUUAUUACAGAUCCAGCUAUGAUGGUGAUUCCUAUCGAUGACCACAUGGUUCAUCGAGGCCACGGCGUGUUUGAUACAGCCAUUAUUUUAAAUGGAUAUUUGUAUGAGUUGGAUGCCCACAUCGACCGCUUUCUAAGAUCGGCUUCAAAAGCAAAGAUCUCUCCUCCCUUUCCACGGUCAAUUCUUCGGAGCAUUCUUAUCCAAUUGACAGCAGUAUCACAGCUCAAGAAAGGCACUUUAAGAUAUUGGUUAAGUGCAGGACCUGGAGAUUUCUUGCUCACGCCUGCCGUUAAUGCAAAUUCUGCAUUUUAUGCAGUAGCCAUUGACGACGACUUCUCUCAAUGCAAAGAAGGGGUUAAAGCGAUAACAUCCACAAUCCCGAUGAAGACACCUCAGUUUGCAACAAUGAAGAAUGUGAACUACCUACCAAAUGUACUAGCCAAACUGGAAGCUGAAGAGAAAGGGGCAUUUGCUUCCAUUUGGGUUGAUGAAGAAGGCUAUAUUGCAGAAGGUCCAAAUGUGAACGUUGCAUUUAUAACCAAUGAAAAGGAGCUUAUCCUGCCUUCUUUCGACAAGAUUCUCUCAGGUUGCACUGCACUGCGACUUCUUAAGUUAGCUCCGAAGUUGGUCAAGGAAGGGAAGCUGAAGAGUGUUGGAACUGCAAACCUUACGGUUAAGGAAGCCAAAGACGCUGCCGAAAUGAUGUUUGUAGGAAGCACACUUCCGCUGCUGCCAAUCAUCUCAUGGGAUGAAGAACCUAUUGGAGAUGGACGCGUAGGAGAACUGACGAUGGCACUUUCAGAUCUGCUUUGGGAUGAUAUGGUCUCAGGCCCUGAAACAGAGAGAAUACCAGUUUCAUACACAGAGUGAAACCAAGCCCCAACAGAAUCAAAGGAUGUCAAAGCCUUGCUUUUCCUAUGGUCAUAUCUGCUUUCUUUGAACGUGAAUAAAAGGAAAAUAUCCUAUUGGACAUGUUCCUAAUAGCGAUCGUUUUUCGGUUAUGUUGUGUAUAUAUUCAUUGCGAAUUCAGUUGUUUUACCUUUGGAAACUCGAUGCUUGCAUCAGUUGAAAAGAUCGGUGUGCAUUUAUCCAAGCUGAGCUAUGCUUCAAGUUUAUUGAAGCUGACGAUGAAUUAUAAAAUGAAGGUCUACUGGAAGAUAAAUUUUGCA